AUGGCUACUAUGAAAGCAAUCCAGAUUAGUCAGAUAGGUGCUCCCAGCAUGCUGGUUCUCUCCAAACAUAUUCCAAAACCCACUCUUCCUUUGGCUGCUGGUCAUAUCCUUGUCAAGAACUCUUUUGCUGGUGUCAACUUUAUUGAUACUUAUCAUCGUUCUGGACUUUACAAAGUUCCUUUGCCAUACACUCCUGGCAGGCAAGUGAUUGCUUCUAUUGAAGCAACUGGACUUGUCGAGGCUGUUGGAGAAAACGUCACUACUUUUAAAGUAGGCGAUUCAGUUGCUCAUCUUUCUCCAUCUUGUUAUGCAGAAUAUAGCACUGUUUCGGCAGGUUAUGCUGUUCAUCUUCCCAGUGAAAUCUCGCUGGAAGCUGGUGCAUCGUUGCUGUUGCAAGGACUUACUGCCAUGGCAUUAUCUCGCAUCGCUCACAAAGUUCAACCGGGAGAGUUUGCUCUUGUUUAUGCUGCCGCUGGUGGUACUGGUCAGAUGUUGGUUCAGAUUUGUAAAAAUAUUGGUGCAAUCGUCAUUGGUAUUACUUCAUCUGCUGAAAAAGCCCAGUUGGCCAAAACGGCUGGAGCGGAUCAUGUUAUUACGUACUCGACCGAAGAUAUUCAUGCUAGAGUAAUGGAGAUUACCAAUGGCCAAGGUGUUCAUGUUGUAUUUGAUGGUGUUGGAAAAUCAUCAUUUGAUACUUCGUUAGCGUGUGUGCGUAAACUCGGAUCUAUGCUUUCAUUUGGAAACGCAUCAGGAAAAGUGGAUCCGAUUGAUAUUAUGAAGCUAGGUCCUAAACAAGUUCGUCUUAUGCGACCUUCUCUUUUUCAGCUUGUUUCAACAGAGGAAGAAUUCCAAAGCCUUGCAAAGGAGCUGAUUGAUCUUGUCAAGAACAAAAAAGUGUCGACGCAUAUCCACAAGAUAUAUGAUCUUGUGGACUGUCCAUUGGCUCAUACGGAUCUGGAAAGUGGGUCGACCACUGGAAAGCUUAUUCUGCGUAUCUGA